AUGCUCGAUCAGCUGUCGCCCGUUGCUCCUGCGAGAGUACGAGUUGUGCUGUUACCGAUUGGGCAAAUCAAACGCGCAAGAUUUCUGAGCUUCGUAGAAAGAUUGCAACCUCAGAAUGUUGUACGUUUGGGGGAUAUCAGUCCAGAUGGACGUCCCAAUAGAAAUAUGUUCUCCCCAUUAGCCUUUCCUUUGGGGAUGAUUGUUUAUGAUCUCACGACACAUUAUCCACCCUCUACCCACCUCGCGUUAUCUCCCUUUGAAUUAUACAGAGAGCCACUCGUUAUUAUAGCACUCGCGGAUGGUGCCGAACUUGAGCAUACAUCUUAUAAAGGGGUUCCGAGGAAGAGUCCCAAUGGCACUGGAGUAUCGCGGUUAGAUCAAAAUGUGCGGAACUUAUACCAAGAUUUGGAAGAUUUGAGAGAUAGAUACCCCAAGGCGCUGGUCCACCAAGUAUUAUUGUUCGACCAUAUACAUGAGAAGUCUGCUACAGCCUUGCCAGAAGGCCUAGUGGCUAUACCACCAGCUGCCGACUGCAGUUUAACGACAAUGAAGACUGUUAUGUGCGACAUAUCUGCCUUGUUGCUUGCGGAGAUGACGACACUCGCAAGGUCACUCCAAGCCUUACCUACAAUCGAGUCACCAGCCCAAUCAGGAAAUAGGCCGUUCAAUGGAGGAUCUUGGGGCGGAGGCUCACCCGAUGGAUCCUCAAGACGGAACUCUCAAUUUGCAGUCCCUCAAAAAGACUCCAGAUCUUCUUCUCCCGCCAGCGCCGUUGAUCGUGCGAACUAUCGAAUGUCGAUGCCAGUCAUUCGAUCGGCACCCUCGGAUUCUGGCACAUCUUCACCACUAGGUCGCUCUGGAAGUCCUGCAACCGGACUCCGCUCUGACUCGCCACCAACCUUUGAUAACAUAAUUGGGGAUACUGGGCUUACAACGCAAAAACUACCUUCUCGACUCGGCACUCCGAGUAGCAAAGGGGUCAGAGAUAGUAGCAGGGACAGAGUGUCGAUAAUAGGAUUCGGAUCAGGAAGCACUAGUGAAAGGUCAAGAAACAAAGGGAAAAGUCGUGUUGGUAUUGUCAUUGGUUCGAUGUAUAUGUGCGCAGGGCGGUGGAGUGAUGCAUUACGCGAGCUUGUCGAAAGUGCCGCUAUUGCGAAAGCAAAUCUUGAUCAUUUAUGGCAUGCAAAGGCACUCGACAACAUUCUUGUGAGUAUGCUCAUGCUCGCCUGGACUGGCUUGGACUUUCAAAUUCCCCAAAUCUGCUAUGUAUCUGCAGAAAAAGCUCCUUCCUUAACGUCGGCUCUGGAGCCAAGAAGUCCCGCAAGCAGCCGUUUAGUCUCGCUACAAAAUCUGGCUAUUCUGCUUCCAGAGCUGUUGGAUAGAAUCUUAAAUCUCUAUACUCGUGCUGCGAAUAAUAAUGGGGAGGCUAUGCCACAACAUCCAUUUUCCGAAACUGUCAUUCGCUAUGCAAAACUUUCUUCAGCUAUACACACAGGCGGUGGUCAAUUGAAUGAUGAAGUUUUACAAUUAGUUGUUCUCGGAACCCCAUUUCAAAAAGCCCCCAAUCUCGCAACGCCUCGUUUGAACAUACAGCCCACCCGUGGGGAAAUUCUCAAAACCAUACUCAGAGCAUUUCCUGUGUAUUCAUCCUCUGAAAAUAUUGUUGUUGUGGAUCGAAUAAUAAUAUUGAGCGGUAUAGCUUCAGUUCUAGGAUCAAUGGGGUAUAAUAGGAAAAAGGCAAUGGUAAUCCGUGAAUUAGUUUCGGUGUUAAUUCCAGCCCUCGUCCAAGCUCGUCUCAGAGGAGCAGCCGAAAUGGGAGUUCAUCCAGCUGCAGGAUUGGCAGCUCUAAGUGCGAACGGAAACACUAACGGUGCUGGAGCUCUUGAACUUGGUGAAGGUGACAUGGAGAACGGUGUAGACUCGUUUCUCUCGUUACUAGGCCAAACUUAUGGAGUUGUAGCCUCUAGAGCUACUGCUGAAGAAGCCUUCGAUGAUUCAGAUGAAGCAACUAUUCUUAGGAUACUUGACGAUUCUUCGAUCCGCUCUUUCGGGAGCCAAGCUUUGAAAAUGGAGGUUCUGAGAUCUUGUAUCAAUCUUUCUGAAGCAUUGCCGGAUUUUCAAGGCGUUCUGAAGUUCACUGCAGAUUUAUUAAGAACUGCCGGUAGUGGUGUAGCGCCGGGCCCACGGAGUGAAGAUGCAUCCCCCAAUAUGAGUCGCGAGGAACAGAUUCGAUUAAUGACUAAUAUUACUCGCACGCUGGGAGCUGCUAGGAAUUUGGGGGUUCAUGAACUUUCCGCAGAGUAUUGGGAUGAAUUUCUGGUUCGAGGUGUUGAGCUUGAGCCUCUACCUCAAUCGAGAACCCCAAUUCCCCAUACACGCGGAGAACUCCCUGAUGGAGAGAAUAUAGCUACAGCGAGAGAGAUAAAUCCUUUCAUAUACAAUCCUUUCUUGCGCCCACUGAAUGCCUCCAUUGUUGAUCAUAUCAUGGUUGCUGGUGAGGGAGCUGCUUUUAAGGUUACUUUGCAAAACCCAUAUGAGUUCGAUGUGGAAAUAGAAAGUAUCAAACUCGAUGCUGAUGGGGCGGGCUUUGAAUCUGCCGUACAAAAGACUGUUAUCGGACCUUACAGAACACAAAUUCUCACCAUAUUAGGGACACCUAAAGACCCAGGGUCCCUUAAAAUCACCGGAUGCAUUAUAAAAGUGAGAGGAUGCCGAGAACGGCGAUUCCCUAUAUUUUCGGAUUCCUGGUCACCACAAGGCGAUGUCAAAAUUAAGUCUAUUGGCGUGGCAAAGAUAUUCGGGCAGAAGCCUCGCCCUACAAGCUUUGGCUCUACAUCAUCAAGUGCAGUACCUUGGGGCGUCAUACCUCCUCUGCCAACUACCGUGGGAUUGAAUGUCAUUGACAAACAACCUAUAGUCGCAAUAAAGUCUACUAAUUUAUCACAAUCUGCUUUGAUGGUAUUAGAAGGAGAACGCCAAAAGUUCUCUAUUACUUUAGAAAACCUUUCAAAGGAGACACCCGUAGAUUUACUAUUAUUUUCCUUCAAAGAUUCUACUCAGGCGCCACUACAAACAGCAAUGAGUAAUCGUGAAGCAUCACCAGCAGAGCUAUAUGAGUACGAAUUAAUCCUGGCACGCAAACAAGCACUUCGAUAUAUUCCAAAUCCUGACCAGAAGCCAUACAUCGAACCUGGUGGAAAGGCCACUUUUGAAUUAGAAAUACUGGGAAAACCUGGUUUAACAAGUGCUACUGUUCAUGUGGACUAUGCUCAUCUUGGUGUCCCUCAGUCAGAGGUUGAAGAUGGUUUCCAUACUCGUCAAGUGAGCCUACCACUUACGAUAACCGUAAAUGCAAGCAUAGAGCUGGCACGAAUGGAUGUUAUGCCAUUUACUGGGAACUUGCCCCUAUCUUUGUGGUCUAAAAUUGAUGGUACUGUUGCAGCUGAGGAUUUUACACCGCAAGAUCAUUGUUUACUAAUUCUUGAUCUUCGAAAUGCUUGGCCAAGCAGUAUCCAUGUCUCGAUCGAUAUUGAGAAAGGAGGCAAGAUUGAAGAAGAAGUGGUCCCGGGUAAUACGUCCCGCAUCAUGUUUCCUAUUCCUCGGAUAUAUUUGGAAAACCCAACUGCCUCUAUCCCAGCUCUUGAUCCCUCGCGACAACGGCAGUUCGUCGUAAGCGCAGGCCGAAUAUCCGCAGAUUCAGAACGAGCUACUCGGGAAGCAUUCUGGUACCGUGAAGAAAUUCUUAAAAUUCUGAAAGGGACCUGGGAGACGCGGUCUGGCGUCCGUCGCAAAGGAAAUAUAGAGUUACGCGGUCUUCGUCUCAGCCAACGUGUUAUCGACGCUAUCAGAAUUGAGGAUAUUUCAAUUGAUAUCUUAAUCAAUGAUAAGUCGGGUCCAAAACACGACGUUCAUACCGAUACAUUCUCUUCGAUUACUGUUCGCAUCAGCAAUCGAUCGUCUAACCCCAUCCAUCCACUUCUACGUCUUCAACCAUCUAUUCGUAAUCAUUCACUCACUCAAACUCUCGAUCUAUCCAAGAAAUUUGUUUGGAACGGUGUGCUGCAACAGACUCUCCCACAAGUUCCUGGGAACGAACAAAUCGAAGUUAAUAUCGGCAUGACGCCGCUUUGUAGAGGCGAGUUCGAACUCAGUGCUUCAGUCGAAGAAGUGAGAUUAGUUGAGGUUCCGAAAGAGGAAGUCACAGUUAAAGAAGGUGGGAGAGCCAGAGCUGACACGAAGAAUCUGAUGGAUGCGAUGCUGGGGGCUAAGGAGAGGAGGAUCUGGCAUUCGAGAGAACCUUGCUUGCUUGUUGUGAGGGAUGAGGAUGAUACGGAAGAUGAGGAAGAAGAAGAUGCUGAUGAUCAAGAUAAAGUUGAUGAUAAAGUUGAAAGUGCUCAAGAUGAUUAG